AUGAGUGGGUGAGUGUGGUGUUGUGAUCUGCAGUGCGGUGGUGGAUGGGACGAAUCGGUGUGGUUGUGGUGGUCGCUGUGGUGCUGUUUGGUGACUGUUGGGUGACUCGCGAUGUCCCUGGUCGAUCUACUCCCGACGGGCUACGAGGGCGCACGGAGCGAGGGGAGCGGAGCUGAGCUCAGUGACCCGACGCUGGUGGACGACUCCGACUAUGUGGACAUCAUAUCGCUGGACGACGUGGACGACUCCGACAAGGAGGCGUCCGGCGAGGCCCUGACCCCGGCCCCUACCCCGGCCCCUACCCCGGUCCAUCCACCGCUCCUCGCUUUCCACGAGGCCCAGCGAGGAGACGCCGCCUGGAUCCCGACCCCGAGUCCCAGGAUGGCACCGGGGGCCCCGGCCCAGCUCACCGCACGGGGGCCUCGUCCCCACAUCCGCACGGGGUCCUCUCGCUCUCCAUCUCCUAGCUCCACCACCUCCACAUCUCCUAGUUCCACCACCUCCACGUCUCCUCCCUCCACCACCUUCACGUUGCCUCGCUCCACCUCCACGCCGAGCUCGGCCGCCCCUGGACCUCCAGGUCGCAGGGCAAAGCGGCCUCACCGCAGGAGGAGGCUCCCGGGCAGGGGAAGCGCUAAUUGGACACAGCCGAGAGUCACCCCUUCUGCAGUCCCCGGGACCCCAACGAGCGUGAGGCCCCCUGCGAGGACCCCGACGGCCUGCGACGCGGCGUCAUGUCCCCUGGGCAGCUACUGCCUCCUGGGAGAGGGGGGCAGGACUUCCUGUCCCUGCAGCCUGGGCAAGGGAGGGCGGCAGUGUGCUCAAGAUGUGACCGCUCGAGUCCCCGCCUUCUCUGGCCACUCCUUCCUGGCGCUGCCCACUCUGCGGGGGGCCCACGGGGAGCUGAACAUCAGCCUGGAGCUCAAGGCCGAGGCUCGAGCGGGCUACCAGAAUGCACUGCUGCUCUUUUGUGGCGACCGGGAGGACGCACGGCCCCGCGACUUUCUCGCACUCUCCCUGCGACGAGGGGUGCUCACGUUCAGCUUUGACUGUGGCUCUGGGCCAGCUUGGAUCUCCGCGUCGACGCCGGUGACACCAGGGUCAUGGCACCGCGUGGCACUGAGCCGCUCCGGGCGGCACGGCCGGCUCACCGUGGACUCGCAGCCUCCCUCCACGGGGCACUCACAGGGCCCCCUGUCUCACAUCUCUUUCCGGACUCCGCUGUAUGUGGGUGGCCCCCCUCAUGCGCCGCUCACUGGAGUUGCGGUUGGGCCCCCCCCCGGCUGGGGCCCCCCACUCUCCCCGCUGGGGUUCCUGGGCUGUGUGCGGGCACUCCGCAUCAACGGGAGGGAGGUGGAUGCGCGGGCCGCGCCACGUGGACACGCGGUGCGCGGGGCCAACGUCGGUGAGUGCGGCCGUGAGGCGUGUGCGGCAGCACGGUGUGGUCAGGGCGCUCCCUGCGAGGUGUGGGACGGGGAGGAGGCCCUGUGCUUGUGUUCCCUCGGAUUCUCUGGGCCUCGUUGCCAGGACGCGCUGGCGGUGCGCAUGCCGGUGUUUGACGCGAGGCUGAGGUCGUACGCGGCGGCGUUGUGGCCGGGUGGGUUGCGGCCGCCCUCCUCGGCCAUGGAGCUGGAGCUGGAGUUCCGCUCAAUGAGGUCGGAGGGGACGCUGCUCUACAGUGACGAUGCCGGCGCUGGCGACGCCGGAGACUUUGUGGCGCUGGUGCUGAGGGGCGGCCACCUCGAGAUGCGAUUCGACUGCGGAUCCGGCACUGCCACGAUCCGGAGUGCUGCCCCGGUGAGCGUCGGGGAAUGGCACGUGGUUCAGGCCUCCCGCAGGGCUCGCCUGGGCAUCCUGCAGCUUGACGACCAAGCCCCCGUCUCGGCAAUCGCACCGGGCUCCUUCACCCAGAUCAGGUGCAGCUCAGCGCUCUACCUGGGCGGAGUCCCCGACUACGACGCCGUCAAGAAGAAGUCUGGCGUCACAGCUCCCUUCACCGGCACCUUCCAGAGGCUGGCAGUGAACGGGCACGCGGUGGUGCUGGGACCGGAGCCUGCGGGGCGCCUGACGACCGGCGUGAACGUGGGCAACGCCGCGACAGCGUGCGAGGCGGCGCCAUGCCAGCAGGGGGGCAGCUGUCACCCCCGCGGAGACAGCUACAUCUGCGACUGCCCCCUUGGAUACCAGGGACAGAGCUGCCAGGAGGACAACGGAUUUUUCGGAGCAAAUGCUGUGGAGGACUACGAGGAGCUGCCACGCUUCACGGGCUCCAGCUACAUCUCCUACGAGAGCUCCAACAUCCUGAAACGGGUCUCCGGGUUCAGGUCCAACCUGUUCGUGCGCUUCAAGGCAACGGGCCCCGACGGCCUCCUGCUGUGGAGGGGGGGCACGCGGUGGGGCAGGGGGACCGAGGAAGGGGACUACAUCCUGCUGGGCUUGCAGGGCGGGGCCCUGAUCUUCAGCUACGACCUGGGGAGCGGGCCUGCCCACAUCCUCGUCAACAGCUCCUUCAACGACGGCCUGUGGCACCGAGUGAAGGCCGUGAGAACGGGGCAGACAGGGAAGCUGACGGUGGAUGACUUUGGAGCGGUGGUGGGACGCUCUCCAGGUCACAUGACCCGCCUCGAUCUCACGGGGCCCCUCUAUCUGGGCGGCGUGCGGGCCGACGGCGUGUCGGGGCAGGACCGGCCUCGCGUGAGCCGGGGACUCGAGGGCUGCGUGUCGCACCUCACCCUCGCCACCGACGCCCACGUGGCGCUCAUCGCGCAGGCCGCGGGCGGCCACAACGUGCAGUCGUGCUGACUGCGCGAGGGCGCGCACGGCAAACCCGACGACAGACCGACACACCGCCACCAUACACGCGCACUACCAUGUACACAUUCACACCGCUGCUGAUGCCACUUCUAUGUAUACAAAUAAAAAAGCAAUCAUGGGU